CGGCGGUUGCAGGCCCCGACUGUUUGUUCCGUCCUCCCCUUCAAAGUUCCUUCUCCGCACCAACUUCACUUCUCCAACUUUCUACUAUCGAGUCUGCCCCACGAUGGACGAACCUCACCGUCCUUCGAAACGGGCGAAACUUUCAAAUAACACUACAAAGCAUGAAGGCCCUGGCGAGCAAGACGCAUCUAGUAGUCGGGACAAUAGCGCGGACACCAGCACCAAACCCCUAGCAUCUCUGCACCGCUCCAUUACACCUCCAUUACUAUCCCGCUCAGCCAAGAACAUCUCCCCUACCAAAGCACAACCACUCAACCCCAACCCACAAACCCUCCGCUCCCCAAUCCAGCUCACCCACAUCCGCGACUUCUCGCCCUCCUCCGGCAAUAAUGUCGACGCCGUCCGUCUCCGCGACAUCCUAGGGGACCCCAUGAUCCGCGAAUGCUGGCAAUUCAACUACCUCCACGAUGUGGAUUUCGUGAUGAGCCAGUUCGACGAGGACGUGCGCUCCCUGAUCCAAUUGAAGGUGGUGCAUGGAUCAUGGAAGAGAGAGGCGCCCAAUCGGGUGCGGAUUGAUGAAGCAUGUGAUCGAUAUCCGAAUGUAGAGGCUAUUGUCGCCUACAUGCCCGAAGCGUUCGGGACGCAUCAUUCCAAGAUGAUGAUUCUGUUGCGGCACGAUGAUUGUGCUCAGGUUGUCAUUCACACGGCCAAUAUGAUCCCGGGCGACUGGGCAAAUAUGACCCAGGCCGUUUGGCGAUCGCCUCUUCUUCCGCUGCGCGCGGGGGACGACACGACGGACCAGCAUGUUCCCGGAUCAGGGGCCAGGUUCAAGCGAGAUCUACUGGCUUAUUUGAAUGAGUAUGGGACUAAGAAGACGGGCGCGCUGGUCCGGCAACUCGCGCGGUAUGACUUCGGGGCCGUCCGCGCGGCUCUUGUUGCCAGUGUGCCGUCGAAGCAGAAGCUUGGCGAGACGGACUCGCGGAAGACGCCUUGGGGAUGGAUUGCGUUGAGGGAUGUGCUGAGCAAGGUGCCUUUAUCUACUUCCUCGCAGGAUAGUCAGCGAAAUGGGAAAGCGGGUCUGAAAGGGCCGCAGAUUGUUGUCCAGAUAUCCUCGGUAGCAUCGCUCGGACAAACGGAUAAGUGGCUGAAGGAUGUCUUUUUCGCAUCCCUGGCGCCCAAGGUAGAAGGGCCCAAAUCCCAGUACUCAAUCAUCUUCCCUACUCCGGAUGAGAUCCGACGCUCCUUGAACGGGUACGGGUCCGGUGGCUCCAUCCACAUGAAGCUACAAAGCGCGGCUCAGCAGAAACAGCUGCAGUACAUGCGGCCCUUCCUGUGCCGUUGGGCAGGGGAUGAUAUCGAAACGGCCGAGCCCCGGCGGGAGGCGGGUCGGCGACGUGCGGCGCCGCAUAUCAAAACAUACAUCCGGUUCUCCACGGAGGAGAUGAACACAAUCGACUGGGCGAUGGUCACGUCGGCGAAUCUGUCUACGCAGGCUUGGGGUACAGCCGUGAAUGCGAACGGGGAAGUGCGGAUCUGCAGCUGGGAGAUUGGGGUGGUGGUGUGGCCGGAGUUAUUGGCCGGGCUUGCACCUGACACGGACACGGACACUGCGAAAUCAGUGAUGGUGCCGUGCUGCCGAACGGAUACACCCGCUGCGAAUGCAGACGCCGCCGUGACAGUCGGAUUCCGAAUGCCAUACGAUCUCCCCUUGACGCGGUACAGUCCCGAAGACAUCCCCUGGUGCGCAACAGCCAGCUAUAGCGAGCCCGACUGGCUAGGCCAGACAUGGGAUGGCUGAGCGACUUCAGCUUGAACCAAAACCACCCCAACAGUAUAUAGAGUUACCAAAGAAACCGCAUCAUCACCAGCUCUAUACACUUGAUCAUUUCCUUUCUCUGUGUUCGGCCCGACGACAAGACGGGCACAAAGAUGAUGCUCGCUCAUAACAUUGCAUGAUGGAAUACAGAACUCAUUCGACUACCAUAGGCCAAAUGACGGCCGGGGGGUGAACCAAGCCAAAAAAAA